AUGGCAUCCAAAGAGAAUGCGGCGGAGUCAUCCAAAGCAGUGGCAGCCAGCCUGAAUGGGGAGGAGUCAUCCAAAACCCUCCAACCCUGUGGGAGCGGCCAGAACGUCCGUUACAGAGGCGUGCGAAAGAGGCCGUGGGGAAAAUACGGUGCCGAGAUAAGAGAUCCCGAAACCCAAAUUUAUAUAUGGUUGGGGACGUUCGACACGGCUGAGCAGGCGGCGAGGGCUUAUGAUGCAGCCGCACGAGAAUUGCGUGGCGACAAGGCCAUAACAAACUUUCCCACGCCUGAAGCGAAUCAGAAGAGUACCCUUGAGUCUUCGGGUCGGGAAAGGUUUGCGGCGGCUUUGAACCCAUACCUAGCUGCUCACAAUGGUGGGGUCGGGUCUUCACUCGGUUAUGGGUCUGGUUACGGGUUACCUUUUACGUACCCGGAGUUUCGGGCCAACCUCAUUGCUUCCUGGAGUGACUUCGUGUCCUCUUCUUCUAGGGUUGAUGUGAAUCCGGCCCGGAAAGGACUAGAUAUUGAUUUGAACUUGCCGCCUCCAUCGGAUUAUUGA